UGGCCGGAGCGCCCCUGUUCCUGCCGCUGGCGGAGGAGCGGGUGGCCAGAGCGUCACCCGGGAGCCUCCACAAGGGCAGGAAGCGGAAGCCGCCGGCAAAGAUGGCAGCGGUCGAGGAGGAGGAAGCGGGGAGCAGCUGCGGGCGGAGGAUGAGGGGAGCGGGAAGGUGGCUCCUUCGGGGGAUCCUUCUUUGCGCCUUGGCGGCGGGCACAGGCUGGUGUAACUCCGUUGAGAGAAAGAUCUACAUUCCACUGAACAGGACGGCUUCAUGUGUGCGCCUCCUGAAUGCCACUCACCAAAUAGGCUGCCAGUCUUCCAUGAACGGGGACACUGGAGUCAUCCACUUUGUAGAGAAGGAAUCUGAUCUGAAGUGGGUGCUGACAGAUGGGCCUCAUUCCCCUUACAUGGUGCUGCUAGAUGGAGAUCUUUUCACCAGGAACAUAAUGCAGACGCUGAAAGGCAGCUCUCGGGUCUCUGGGCUGGCGGUGGCCAUCUCCAAGCCCAGCCCCUCCAAAGGGUUCUCUCCUGGCCUACAGUGCCCCAACGAUGGCUUUGGCAUCUACAAUGGCAGCUACGGUCCUGAAUAUGCUCACUGCAACGUGACCUUGUGGAACCCUCUUGGCAGCGGCCUUUCCUACAUGGACUUUGGUUUCCCCAUCUUCCUUCUACAAGAUGAGAAUGAAACUGAGGUUAUUAAGAAGUGCUUUGAAGCCUACAACCUCCCUGCCAAUGGCUCCGUCCCGCAGUACCCGCUGUGUGCCAUGCAGCUGUCCUCCCACAUGCACGCCGUGACGAGCACAGUCACCUGCAUGCGGCGCAGUGCCAUCCAAAGUACCUUCAGCCUCAACCCAGAGGUUGUCUGCGACCCUCUCAAAGAUCACAACGUGUGGACUUCGGUAAAGCCCAUCAAUGAGUCUGAAAAGCUGGACCCUGAUAGUGUCAUUAUCGCUUCUGCUCGGAUGGACAGCCACUCUUUCUUCUGGAAUGUGGCCCCCGGGGCAGAGAGUGCUGUUGCGUCUUUUGUAACCCUCUUAGCUGCGGCCGAAGCCAUCCACAAAAUCCCCGAUGUUCAUUCAUUGCCGAAAAACAUCCUGUUUGUUUUCUUCCAGGGGGAGGCCUUUGAUUACAUCGGCAGCUCCCGAAUGGUGUACGACAUGCAGAACGGCAACUUCCCGUUCAAGGUGGAGAACAUCCAUUCCUUCCUGGAGCUGAGUCAGGUUGCGUUAAGGAAUAGCUCUGAUCUCUGGGUGCACACAGAUCCCAUAUCGCGGAAGAACCAGUCUGCCCAGGAGAGCAUUGAAAACAUGGUGGAGGCCUUGAAAAACAGCAGCGCUAAUACCAGCGUCACCGUGCAAGAGAUCGGCGUCUCCCAGCCCCUCCCACCGUCCUCGUUCCAGCGGUUCCUGAGGGCCAGGCAGAUCCCUGGGGUGGUGCUAGCUGACCAUCGCUCCGCUUUCCACAAUAGCUACUACCAGAGCGUCUACGACACGGCGGAGAACAUCCUGAUGAAAUACCCCAAGGGGCUGAGCCCCGAGGAGAUGCUGAAUUACGAGACGGACACAGCUAAGUCCCUGGCAGGAGUGGCCACCGUGGUUGCCCGUGCGCUCUACCAGCUUGCAGGGGGAAAUGGCAGCACCUUGGCUAUUCGGGCAGAUCCAGCGACGGUCUCGCGCAUGCUGUAUGGCUUCCUGAUCCAAGCUGACAAUCCCUGGUUCCAGGCCAUCAUUAAGCCAGAGCUCAAAGUAUAUCUGGGAAAUGGACCCCUCCAGUACUACAUUGCUGUUAAUCACCCUGUGAACUCAACUUACGUCGUCCAGUACGUCUUGGCCAACCUCACGGGCACCAGGCUUGAUGACAACACUACCAAGGAACAGUGCAUGGACCUUAGCAAAGCUUCCAAGGGACAACUGUAUGACUACACGUGGGUGCAGGGUUCGCCGUCCCCAAAUGCCACGUCCCCCCGCAAGCCGUACUGUGUCCGGUCAAUGGUCCGCCUCAGCCAGGCUUCCUCCCCAGCCUUUGAGCUCCAGCAAUGGGGCUCCACUGAGUACUCCACGUGGACAGAGAGCCGCUGGAAGGAGCUCCACGCCCGGAUCUUCCUCGUAGCCAGCAAGCAGCUUGAGAUCGUCACGCUGAUCGUGGGCAUCACUAUCCUGAUUGUCUCAUUUGUUGUUACAUACUUCAUCAAUGCCAAAGCGGACGUGCUUUUCACGACCCCGGGAGACUCUGGAGCUGUGGCAUAUUGAAGCCGGGCUAGUGAAGUCCUAGUGCUCAGAACUAGGGACGUGUGAGCGAGUGAGCGAGAAAUUUGAAAUUGCUGGUAGAACAACACUGGACACUCUUCUGUGAUUUGAUGCGACUGUGGCACUGGAAGGAAUCUCUCUUCUCCCCCCCCCCCCAGCCUUUCCGCAAACAAUCUUGUACUGCAAGAGGAAACUGGCAACGGAGGGAUUGAUUUUUGGGGUGGGGGGAAGGGAUUCGGCCAGGCCUUUUUUGACCUUCAGAAAAGAUGCCUUGUCCGUGGGCCACGUACCUCUGAGAAUAUGAGGCCAGAUAACUAGAGAAAUCGUCUCCUGUGUUCUGUGCAGAUGGGGGCUUUUUUCCCGUCUCUUUGGUUCUGCUUUUUCCAUUUGUUUUUUUUUAAGAUCCAGGUUACCUAAAGAUAUUCUCAAAUCCUUUGAUCUGUGUGUAUCAAGAUGCAAAUAAAGAAGGACAUCAGGAGGCUAGAAAGGGGGAACUGGGUGUAAAAUAUUCCUUUUUUAAAACAAAUUUGGAAUUUUUUGUACAUAUUAUAUAAAUAGCUUUGGUUUAAUUAAAAAAAAGUACUAAACAAAUUAAA